AUGCUGAUAUACUUUGGCAAAGCGCCAACAAGAAAACAGCAAGAGUUACACCUGCUGAACCGUCAGGCUCAAUGGCCGGCCGGUGAGAUUCAUCGGGGUGCUGCUACUUGGCUAGCCUCCGGAAUUACGCUGGAAGAGGCUCAAGUAGCCCUCCUGAUCGACGUAAGAAAGCUAGGCAAACGGCCGACUGACACCCAGAAGCUGGCUGUGGCCCGGCGUUGUGACAGAUUGCAAGGCCAACUGGAUGAAUUUGUCAGGGUUGCGGUGACAUUUCUCAGCGAUGAAUUAAAUGGCUGUGACCAUUUGGAUGGCAUGACAGUGGUGUUGGAUACAGUAGAAGCGGAUUCCGUCGGGUCAUCAUCCGAGGAUCCCGAGAGGUCAGAUGAUGAAGACCGAUAUGAUAUUCCGGUGAAGUUCAAUCCCGAGACCGUGGUGAUUCCAUUGCUGUCAAACAUCGGCAUUGAAAGAUGCACCCUGUGGGGUGUUGCCGACCUGGUGCUGCAAGAAAUAUCAUUGAGAGAAGGCCAAGCAAAUGAUGCAUUACAUGCCGUCCGGGUCAACUUGGCCGACAAGGCCGUUCUGUUUCGCACCACGGUUCAGUCGGCAAAAUCCCAAGCACGGUCAACCAGGGCAUGGGCUCGGGUGCACUCAGUGGACAAGGUCCUACACCUAAACACGCAGAUAUACUCAAAAUGCCGCAAGCAGCUAAUCCAUCUCGGUGCCGAUGACUUAUUGUCCAAAUAUCGGCUGUUGGAGAAAGCCGACCUCAAGGCAACCACAGUUGUUGCAGACCCAAACACGCGCGGUCAAAGAAAUAGCACGUUAGCAUGGUUUUGGAGCAUUGAUGUUGAGGGGGAUUCUGCAAGCAAUGACUGGAUGAAUGAAUGUUUGCACUUCACCGACUUACCUGUUCCUGUGGGGUGCUAA